UGUGCUUCAUGUAUCCUCACUUGCACGUCUUAUUGCCAUCAUCUUCACCGGGUAUCGCCCUUGAGGCUCGUCUCUACCUUUCAGACGUGAUCUCUUCGCCAGCAGCUGCGGUCGAGAUAGAGUACUGCCCUGUCCCGUUCUCUGCCUCAGCUCGAUCUCGACCUGUCGAUGUCGGUCAUCCGUCAAACGAGCAGUCUACCAAGCUCAAUGCGUGGCUCAAGUCCAGAGCAGUUCAGAGACUCAUCGUAGCCUGUCAUCCGUGGGGUAAGCUCGGUGGUAGCUGCCUCGAUCCGGUCAUAUCGCAACAUCUAGUCACUUCCAUCUCUGGCCAACACAUUGACGACUCGGGACUUGAGGCAGGAGCAUCGUUGACUCGAAUUUCUCUCGCGAGGGGUAUGCCAAAUCUACAGACUGCACUGUUGACGUGGAAUGUCCGCGGCGUCGGUGUAUCCCAAGGAUCUCUAGGUCUGCUAGGGUUGAGCAAUCGGACGAAUGAGCGAGAUCUGGAGGCUUUGGAAGAUUGGGCAUUUGAGCAAUUCUCCGUUCUGAAGGACUAUAGGAGAAUGGGCUACUCCUGGGGUAGCUGGACCGUCGUAACCCCUCCUCGAAGCUCUGCCAUAGGUUUACUUUCCUCCGUACUGCUCGUGUCGCCUCCAUUGUCCAUCUUCACACUGCUCGCUCUACCUUUUGUUCCCAUCCCAAAUCAGUCAUUCAGCAAAUCCCUAGAAGCGCUCAUGACAUCCUCGAAUUCUGGGCCAGAUUCACGCCGCCAUGCAAAUACUUGGUUAGCAUACGGGGCGAACGAUGAAUUCACCAGCCGGGAGACGUAUGCUAAAUGGGGAGAGGACCACCGGGCUAUGUUGUCUACCGGGGCGCUAGUGAUGAGGGAGCUGGAGGACGCAGGCCACUUCUAUCGUCAUACGCAUGAGGGGCAAUGGCUGCUAAGAGUCUUUGUGGACUGGCUGGCAGGGGAUGAAGCUGCCUAGCAUGCAUUCAGGUCGCCUGACCGCUUAAAUAGCCGCCG